AUGGCCGAAGCGCAACUACGCGAUUUCCCGUCGCUCUUCUCCCUCGAGGGCAAGGUGGCCGUCGUGACAGGCGGUUCCCGCGGCCUGGGACUGCACGCCGCUUCAGCGUUCCUCCAGGCCGGCGCGUCCAAAGUCUUCGUCUCGUCCCGCAAAGCCGCCGCCUGCGACGCGGCCUGCGCGGCGCUCAACGCGCUGCCCAACCGCUCCGCCGGGGCCGUCGCCAUCCCCGUCCCGGCCGACUCGUCCACCAUGGACGGCGUGGCCCGCCUGCUCGACCAGGUGCGCCGGCACACCGACCGCGUGGACAUUGUCCUGGCCAACGCCGGCGCCACGUGGGGCGAGGCCUUGGACACCCACCCGGACGCGGCCUUCGCCAAGGUCAUGGACCUCAACGUCAAGGCCGUCUUCAACACGGUCCGCGUCUUCACCCCGCUGCUGGAGCGGGCGGCCGCCUCGCGCGCCGGCGGCGGCGGCGACCCCAGCCGCGUCAUCAUCACGGCCAGCGUGGCGGGGCUGGGCAUCGGCACCCUCGGCCCGCAGGGCACCUACGGCUACAGCGCCAGCAAGGCGGCCGUGAUCCAUCUGGGGCGCAACCUGGCCGUCGAGCUGGGCCCGCGGGGCAUCACGGUCAACUCCAUCUGCCCGGGGUUUUUCCCCAGCAAGAUGUCCAACGGGCUGCUGGAGAUGGCGGGCGGCGCCGACAGCAUGGCCGGGGCGAACCCCAUGCGCCGGCUGGGCGUGCCCGAGGACAUUGCGGGGGCGGUGGUGUAUCUGGCCAGCAGGGCGGGCAGCCAUGUCAACGGGGAGGCCAUCGCCAUUGACGGGGGGGCCUUGUGGAACAGGGGCGAGCUGGCGCCGACGAGCACCAAGUUGUAG